GGUAACGUAAUUGCGUACGAGAUGCCUGGAAACAUACACUCAGUAGUAUCAGGAGGAUUUGGUUUCUUGAUAGAAAGUUGGAGCAACAGACUUCUGGUUAAUAACGAAUUGGAUAUUACCGUUGGUGAUAAUAGUGAGUACUGUGCUGAUGUCGCAGUCGUACCGAAGGAGCUUACGCCACAUGGGUCUGCGUUAUUGCAGCCACACAAAUUUUAUUGGAAUUUAUCUUGCAAUAAAAAUAUUUACUCGCCGACAGAUGGCACAGCUGCUAUGCUCGCGCUACUUCAUCUACGUAACAAUCAAAUCCCAAAUCCAGCAUUAGAUACUCGAAACCCGCCACCAAAUGCACCAUCAAUGAUAACGUUACCAAAUACUAUUCCAAACAUCGCAAUUUCUUUUGAAAAUGCACCGCUAAAUCACCAACCAGCAACAUUUCUUCAUACAAUUAAUGUACCUUUUAACUGA